AUGUGGCUGUGCCCCCUGCUGCUCUGCCUGCCCCUGUCUCUGGCCCUGAGCGGCCAGCCUGAGCCCGACGCCCCGGAAGAUGCGGGUGAACUGCACUGCGGGCCCCAGGGCCUCCAGUACACGGUCCACCCCCUGGGCCAGGCCUCGGGGACGCCUCCCACGCUGAUAGCCUGGGACGACCACGGGCUGCUGCACCGGCUGCAGAACGACUCCGGCUGCGGCACCCGGGUGUCGGCUGGCCCGGGCAGCUCCCUGGUGCUGGAGGCGUCCUACGGCGGCUGCUACGUCACCGAGUGGGGUUCCCAGCACGUCAUGCCCGUGGGCCUGGAGCAGGUGGACACAGCCGGGCGCCAGGCAGUGGCCACGGCCAAGCUGCUCAAGUGCCCCGUCGGCCUCCCAGGCCUCCACGCGCUGGGCGCUCACCUGUGCGACUCGGUCCCCGUGGGGGACAGGCUGCCCUGCGCCCCGGCUCCCGCCACUCCCCGGGCCUGCAAGGCGCUGGGCUGCUGCUACAACCCCAGCGGCAGGUCCUGUUACUAUGGAAACACAGUGACCUCCCGCUGCAGCCGGGACGGCCACUUCGCCGUGGCCGUGGCCCGCAACGUCACCUCGCCGCCCCUGCUCCUGGACUCCGUGCGCCUGGCCCUCGGCAACGACAGCGAAUGCCGCCCCGCGGUGGCCACACCGGCCUUCGCCCUGUUCCGGUUCCCCUUCACCGCCUGCGGGACCACCCGACGGGUCACUGGGGACCAGGCCGUCUAUGAAAACGAGCUGGUUGCAGCCCAGGAUGUGAGAACCUGGAGCCGUGGCUCCAUCACCCGUGACAGUACCUUCAGGCUCCGCGUCAGCUGCGCCUACCCUGUGAGCAGCAGCGCCCUCCCGGUCAACGUCCAGGUCUCCCUUCUCCCACCGCCCCUUCCCGAGACCCAGCCCGGGGCCCUCACCCUGGAGCUUCAGAUCGCGAAAGAUGGAAACUACAGCGCCUACUACCGCGCCGGUGACUACCCGGUGGUGAAGUUGCUCCGGGACCCCAUCUACGUGGAGGUCGCCCUCCGCCACAGGACCGACCCCGACCUGGGGCUGCGGCUGCAUCAGUGCUGGGCCACGCCCGGCCCCGACCCCGGGCAGCAGCCGCAGUGGGCGCUGCUGGUGAACGGAUGCCCCUACGCCGGCGACAACUACCAGACCCAGCUGAUCCCCGUCCCGGAGACCGAGAGCCUGCGAUUCCCUUCCCACGCCCAGCGGUUCAGCAUCUUCACCUUCAGCUUCGUGGACGCGGGGGCCAGACGGGCGCUCGGGGGGCCGGUGUUCCUGCACUGCAGCGUGUCCGUCUGCCAGCCUGCGGGGUCCCUGUCCUGCGUGGCCUGCCCUGUGACCAGGCGAAGGAGACGCUCUGACGCCCAUGACCCCAACAGCACCGCCUUCAUCUCGAGCCAGGGCCCCAUGAUCCUGCUGCAGGCCACGGAGGACCCUUCCGGAAAGCUUCCUAAAUACUCAAGUGCUGCAGGAGACUCCGGGGCCCUGUGGGUGGCCGGCCUCUCUGGGACCAUCAUUGUGGGAGUCUUGGGCGUGACCUACCUGGCUGUCAAGAAACGGAGCUGA